AUGACGACGUCUCCCACCGCGCGCUACGCGCUGCCCGGCACGGCGCGCAUCAAAAACUGGCGGCGUGAGCAUCAUUGCAGCGGCGCAUCAUCGCAAGACGGGGUCCGAACAGAGAGGGUGCGCAGCAGCACUGAGGGGACGCAGAAGAGUGCGAGUAGGCGCCACAGAUGGUGGAGAGUGCGGUUGUUCAGGGGCAUGGUGGGGGAUGUGCGGAGACGUCUGCCGUAUUAUUGGAGUGAUUGGUGGGAUGCGUGGGAUUAUAGGGUCGUCCCGGCUACGGUUUAUAUGUAUUUUGCUAAUAUCUUGCCUGCGUUGGCGUUCUCGUUGGAUAUGUUCACGAAAACGCAUAUGAGCUUUGGUGUGAAUGAGGUGUUGCUUUCUUCGGUGUUGGGGUCUGUCGUCUUCGCGGUCUUUGCUGCGCAGCCCCUGGUCAUCGUGGGCGUUACGGGUCCGAUUACUGUCUUCAAUUAUACCGUUUAUGAUAUUAUGGUUCCGAAUGGUGCGAAUUAUUUCUCUUUUAUGGCUUUGAUUGGACUGUGGUCCAUGGCAAUGCACUGGUUCCUAGCGAUAACCAAUGCGUGUAAUGGCGUUAGAUAUGUGACGCGCUUCCCCUGCGAUAUCUUUGGCUUCUACGUCGCCUUCAUCUACCUACAGAAGGGUAUCCAAGUCCUCACCCGCCAAGGAUCCGGCGAGGCUUUCUAUCUCUCUAUCAUGGUCGCUCUGCUGGUGCUCGCGGUUGGCUACUUCUGCGGCGUCAUUGGCACGAGUCCACUAUUCCAGCACUACGUUCGGGUGUUCAUCAAAGAUUACGGUACGCCUCUCACAGUGGUCUUCUUCACAGGGUUUGUGCACAUAGGGAAGAUGAGAGACGUGUCUUUGAAUGUGCUACCUACUAGCAAGGCUUUCUUUCCGACGAGCGAUAGAGGAUGGUUCAUAGAUUUCUGGCAAGUUAGGGUUUCGGAUGUGUUCAUCGCUAUUCCCUUUGCCAUACUGCUGACUAUCCUGUUCUAUUUCGACCAUAACGUCUCGUCCCUCAUAGCUCAAGGAACGGAAUUUCCUCUGCGGAAACCAGCCGGCUUCCACUGGGACUUCUUCCUCCUCGGUCUAACCACCGGCGUCGCCGGCCUUCUCGGCAUCCCGUUCCCCAAUGGGCUCAUCCCCCAGGCGCCCUUCCAUACCGACUCUCUCUGCGUGACAGAAGUCGUGGCAGACCCCAACGAAGACGGCGCCGCCAAGGGCCAUGUCACCACACGCAUCUCUCACGUCGUGGAACAGCGCGUCUCCAACCUCGCGCAGGGCCUCCUGACCCUCGGCACCAUGAGCGGGCCCCUCCUCGUCGUGCUGCACCUGAUCCCGCAAGCCGUGCUCGCCGGCCUCUUCUUCGUCAUGGGCAUGCAAGCGCUAUCGUCCAACGGCAUCACCCUCAAGCUCCUCUUCCUCCUGCGCGACCGGGCCCUGACCCCACCCUCCGACCCGCUGCGACGCAUCCAGCGCCGCCCCGCCCUCUGGGCCUUCGUCAUCAUCCAGCUCCUCGGCUUCGGCGCCACCUUCGCCAUCACGCAGACCAUCGCCGCCGUCGGCUUCCCCAUCAUCAUCUGCCUGCUCGUGCCCAUCCGCACCUUCAUCCUCCCGCGCUUCUUCACCCCGGACGAGCUGCGCAUCCUCGACGCCCCGACCGCCAGCCCCUUCACGAUGAUCAGCGUCGGGGGCAAUUUCGGCGAGGGCUCGGAAGAGAGUCUGGAUGCGGACCCAGGGCGCUCGGGCGAGGAGACGGCCAUCCAGAGCACGAGUGAGAGGGAGAGUGAUGGGGUCCGGGUCGGCGAUCUGGCGGAGAGGGGGGAGGGCCCUGGCACGGGGUCAAACACGCAUCGCAGGGAGAGUUGGAGAGCGGAGGGGAGGAGCGGGAUGUGGGGCGAGGGAGAGUCCAUCGAGAUGCAGAAUCCGGGCAUGAACAGGAGGGGUGUAAGUCGACAGUCCAAGUGA